CAGUUCCCACGCUUUGCUCUUGGAAAAGAGUCCUGUGUGAUUCAGAAUGAUCCUUUCAAUGAUACAUUAAGCACCAGUGGACUUACUUGCUGGACUUACUGGGGUAGUUGUGCACAAAGAAAGCGUAAUAUAGCUGGUUAAUAUCCUAAAUUAUUUAUUUAGUUGAUUGCAUUCAAAAGUAGCAUUUUGUUUUUCAUUUGUUUGCUCACAUCUCCAGCUCCUGAUACUCAGGUCUUCUCCUCUUUAAGCCCUCGAGGCCGCUCCUCCAGGCUUUGAUGCCCACACUCUUUGACGCAGGUGGACAGACACAGGCAUGAGUAACAGUGGGACCAAAGAGCCGUCUCCCCAGCCGAGCACCGCCCAGUCACCUCCUGAGCCUCAGCGCAGGGGCAGGGGUCGGCCACGGAAACAGCAGCAGGAGCCUGUUGGACCACCAACUCCAAAGCGGCCGAGAGGAAGACCGAAAGGCAGCAAAAACAAAGGCCCCAGAACUGCACUGAAGAAAGUAGAGCCAGUUGGGGAGAGACGACCACGUGGGCGACCAAGGAAAUGGCCCCAGAAAGUAGUUCAAGAAGCAACUGAAGAGCAGCAGGGCCCUUCAGAAGAGGCUGAGGAGGGUCCCUCGCAGCUUGAGCCCUCUACAUCUCAGGUCCCAGCGGAGGAGGAAGGGGAGUAGAUAGGAUGCCUCUCUACCUACCUCAAGGUUUGGCCUCAGACAAACAGGGGUACAGUCUGACUCCUAUCUGUGAUGGGGAUUCAGGAACACACACACUCACACACACAAAAUCAUUGCAUACGGUGGUUUCUUCUCCUCAUCUGAUACUGUACCCUGGUUUUGUUGGUUCACUAUAAGAGUUUGGUGAACAAACUCUGUUUUAACAUUGAUGGAUUUGAUCUUUGGAUAUGGCUUUUGUUAAGGGAGUAGUUUCACAUUUUGGCCAACACCCUUAUUCACUUUCCUGCCCGAGAGUUCGAUCAGAAGCUUGAUACCACUCUACGGUAAAUUAAGCUUCUGCCAACAGCUGAUGAGCUUAGCUUAGCACAAAGACUGGAAACAGACGGAUAGAGCUAGUCUAGCUCUGUAUAAAGGGAAGUGUGCUUACCAUUACCAUCUAAAGCUCAUUAUCUAACAUGUUAUAUCUUGUUUGUUUAAUCCAUAAAUAAACCAAAGUGUAAAAAAUAAUUUUUUUUGUUUUUACAGGGGUCAUGUGCCUUUUGAGUUUACUAGUAGGUGGGUUUGUUAUACCUUUUGGCAGAGCUAGGCUGUUCCCAGUCUUUAUGCUAAGCUAAGCUAACCCUUUUUCAAUUCAAUUAAUUCUAGGCAAGAAAGCCAAGAAGCGUAUUUCCCAAAAUGUCCAACUAUUCCUUUUAAGGAUUCCUGCUUUCCUGUUCCUCCCAGUGUGUGUGUGCGUGCGUAUGCGUGCGCGAGUGUGAGUGUUUGUGGUGGUUGUGUGAAGAGGGGGGCAGGGUUGCGGGCUAAAAUGAGAGGGGGGUUUCAAGAAAAAAAAGGAACCAAACUAAACCGUUUUAUUGAAACAUGUUUCUAAAUCAAGUGCCAUGAAUCCUCAUAUGAAACGGGAGCAAGACGGUGACAUUUUUCGCAAUGUUACAAUAUAAACAUGGUGCUCUGAAGUCAUUAUUAUGAAAGUAGAUGUGAAAGGUUUUAUCCCAAAAUGAAAUAUCCAAUUUGGGGAACGGAGAAAUGUCUUAUUACGUUUAUUGUUCAGAAUACAAAAUGCAUUGGAUUACCUAGCUCAAAUGUCAAUGUAAGCAAGAGUACAGUAUUCAAGUUGAUAACCUCAGUGAACACCUUUUUUUUUAGAAGUUUUAAGAAAAAAAACACCCAAAGGUUUUAAAUGGAUGUUUCAUUUUGGGUAGAAAUCCUUUAUAUAUACUUCAGUCAACAACAAUGUUGACGUGUCAUUUUACCACACUCAGGAUUUUACUAUUACCGUGCUUUUACACCAUAUUGAAACCUCAGGUACAAAACUAUUCAGGAACAUGUUGUCAGUCUACUCAGUAAUAAUUAUUGUGCUGUGUUUGUUGUGCAUUUCUGAUCUGUAUUUGACAUUACCAGUAUGCCUUGACACAAAGACCUCAUUUAAACCUCACUUGCCCUCAGUUUCUUAAUCUCUCAUUCUACCUCAGUAACAUAAAGACAGACGAUCUCCAACAAAGUUAUUCUCAACUCCCUCAACAGCAACGACAUACAUUUGCUGUACACACACACACACACACACACACACAGAGAGAGAGACACGUACACACAUACACACAGGUUCAUGUGCAGAUAUACAACACAGACAGGCAAAGGGUUUUCAGCCCUAUAUACCAACACACAGAAGCAACCAGUACACUCCAACAGAGGAUUUUACUAUCGGUGUACAAAUAAAAGCAUCAGUGUCAUUUCUUUAAAAAAAAAAAAAAGAGACUUGGUUUGUUCUCCUGGGAAAUAAAAUGCAGCCAAUAGUUUACAACAACUUGAUGAAAUAAUUGCUUUUUAGGGUAUAGUUCCUUAUGAAAUACUUGUUUUUUUGGGUCGCUUACUCUUUUCUCAUUUUUACUACAUCAUGUAUUUUCUGAUUCUUACACUGUAAAUUGUAUGUGUGACACUCUUAAUUCAUGUGAUUUCAAAGGAAGGGCAGCAAAUAACAACACAGUGCUGAAAUACAUGACGAUUAUGGAAAACAACAACAACAAUCACCACAGUUGCCUUGUAUGAUAAUUGCCAAAUAAAUUGUGGGGGAUUCAUUAAUACUAAACGCUGCAUCAAUAACCCUGCAUUUUUUGGCUUUAUUUUUUUGAUAUAAAAAUUAACUAAAUUGUUCCGUUCCUUCCUAAUUUGCUAUUAAAAGCAAGAAUAUAAUCUUUGGUGAACAAUGACCACUGUGGCCACAAUGUGACAAUAAUAGCACAAGUAAAGUCAGCAAAAGUAACAUUGUUUAUUAAGGAACAUCUAUCUAAAAGAUUGUCUCACUGUUCAUACCAGACCAAGUGAGGCUGUAGCAGGAAAACCCCUGAUUUUCAUUCGUGGUUGGAAAAGUUACAUGGCCUUGCUUUAAAGGGUCAGUCCACCCAAAUUACAAAAAAGAAACAUACAGUAGGCCUAUUUAACAUUAGUGGUAUCCAGCCAUGCAGAUAGAUUUGGCUUUAUUUGGCCAGGUUUUAAAUAUCUGUUCCUUCUUCUGGCACUUCAAUGCAACGGAAAUUUUAUUGGGAUUUUGUUUGUGGUCAGACACUAUUGUGCUCAUGGUGUGAAAAGAGAAACAAAACUAUCUGCAUGAUAAGAUAACACUAGAGGUUAAGUGUGUAAACAUGUUUGUAAUUUAGGAGAACGCACAAUUUAGGGUUUACUCAUUAAAAAAAAGGUGGACAUUUUAUCUGUAAUGAUUCAGUAAUAAUUUACUUGUCAUACACCUGUAAGAUGAUGUUGGUAUUUUGGAGGACCAUGUAUCUCUAGAUUACCAAAUUAUUUUGUUCUAAAAAUCAAAGGUUUCUAGCCUCCAGUCUGUUUUUACAGAAAUAUAUUCUGAUACCUUGUUGGACAGGAUUUCUGCAUUUAAACUGACAGCCUGUUGCAAAUGCUUCUGCUGUCAUCCUGCGUAGACAUUUAUCCAACUACAUAUCACUUACUAGUCGUCCAUUACAUGACUUGAAUAUUACCCAUUAUUUACUGUAUAUAUCAAGUGUUUUUUCCACCUAAACCUUGCUUAUUUUAUCACUGAUUACAUGUUGUAUCCCAGUAAUUUUAUGUAUUUCAGCAUUGUUGACUAAAUUGCUGCCAGAGAAGCUUAAUUCAUUUACAGACAGGUAUGUUUUCAUGUUCAACUGCAUUGACUUUACUUUUUUUGCCCUCUGGACUACCUCUGAAAACUAACAAGCCUGGGAAAUCUCUGAGGAAGUUGUUGGUUAGUCGUACCUAACCUUUUUCCAUCAGACCCUGCAGGCGAUGUGGAUCAUGAAAUCUUGAAAUAACUGUCAAACUAGUACUGUUGUAGUCCACUCAUCUCAUCUCACUACAUUCAUAUCAACAUAAUGAAUGGAAGUCAGCCUGAAGGGUGCCUGUUAAUUUAACUACAGCUGAGUCAAUGUUUGUUAUUUUACACAAGCUGUGUCUGGAUAUUUACUCUCUAUAUGGGGACAAUGUAGUUCUGUGAUCUUACUGAUAGUGAUAUAGUUACAUACAGUACUUGAUCCAUUUUCAACUAUUUAAAAGUUGAAGUGUAACUUGAGAAAUCAUCUUUUAUCCCUUACUUUUAACACCAUUUUGUAGUUAUGUUAUUGAUGUGUCCUCAUCCACUUCAUUAAUACAACUCACAAACCUGUGAUAUAUAUUUUGUUAUGAUUCUUUACCAUGUGAUUUGUGUUAUCCUGCUUCUUUAUUGCUUAUCAA